AUGAAUAAAAGACUACAAAAGAUCCAAAAGCAAAGACAAUUUUUAUUUCCUACAGAACAGAUCAGUAUCAAAUAAGCUACCUCCAUCCCUAACAGUAGUCCUUGCUGUGGGCAUUCAACCAGUUUUUAAUUUUUAUUUGACAAACUUUAUAAGGUGCUACCAGGCAGAUGAGUUUUCACCGUCUACCAUAAUGUGGAGCAGAUAUUUUGCCUUCUGUCUCUUGCUUUUGCCAAUUUUUAUGAGUCAAACAGUAUACGGACAAAGAAAGAAAGGAACAAAGUCAAAUUUACUUGCAAGGAAAAAUGACCUCCAGGACUCUGUUUGCUUCAUAGAUGUGCUCUUCAUUGUGGACAGCUCUGAAAGUUCUAAACUUGUCCUCUUUGAUAAACAGAAAAAUUUUGUGGAUAGCUUGAGUGACAAGAUCUUUCAAUUGACCCCGGGUCACUCUUUGAAAUAUGACAUCAAACUGGCAGCCCUUCAGUUCAGCAGCUCAGUCCAGAUCGAUCCACCUUUCUCUUCUUGGAAGGACCUGCAGACGUUUAAGCAGAGGGUUAAGUCUAUGAAUUUCAUUGGACAAGGCACCUUCUCUUAUUAUGCCAUUUCCAAUGCCACUCGGCUACUUAAGAGAGAAGGACGUAAAGAUGGUGUGAAGGUGGUUUUGCUAAUGACUGAUGGCAUGGACCAUCCAAAGAAUCCAGAUGUUCAAAGUAUUUCUGAAAGUGCUAGAAAUGCAGGAAUAUCAUUUAUCACCAUUGGACUUCUCACUGUCAACAAAACCAAACUUCAUUUGAUAUCUGGGGAUGCACCCAGUGAACCUAUUCUACUGUUGAGUGAUCCAACCAUUGUAGAUAAAAUUCGGGAUCGCCUGGAUAUUUUAUUUGAAAAGAAGUGUGAACGCAAGAUCUGUGAAUGUGAGAAGGGGGAUCCAGGCGAACCAGGGCCACCUGGUAAACAUGGAAACCCAGGUAUUAAAGGUGAGCGAGGACCAAAAGGAAAUCCGGGUGAUGCUCAAAAAGGAGAAACUGGAGAAAGAGGUCCUGGGGGAAUUCCUGGAUACAAGGGUGACAAGGGUGAACCUGGAGAAUGUGGUAAACCAGGAAUAAAAGGUGACAAAGGGUCUCCAGGGCCAUCUGGACCAAAAGGACCAAAAGGACUUCAGGGCAUUGGUGGACCUCCAGGCGAUCCAGGCCCAAAGGGAUUUCAGGGCAAUAAGGGUGAGCCAGGUCCUCCUGGCCCGUAUGGUCCUCCAGGAGCCCCUGGUAUUGGACAACAGGGUAUUAAGGGAGAAAGAGGUCAAGAAGGAAGAACAGGAGCUCCAGGACCCAUUGGAGUUGGUCAGCCAGGACAGCCGGGUCCCCGUGGUCCUGAGGGAGCACCAGGAGAGAGGGGCUUACCUGGAGAAGGAUUUCCAGGACCUAAGGGUGAAAAGGGUUCUGAAGGACCAAUUGGCCCACAAGGGUUACAAGGCCUGUCAAUCAAAGGGGACAAGGGAGAUUUGGGACCUGUGGGCCCUCAAGGACCAAUGGGCAUCCCGGGCACUGGGAGUCAAGGAGAACAGGGAAUCCAAGGUCCUAUUGGUCCCCCUGGUCCACAAGGACCCCCAGGACAAGGAUUACCUGGUUCUAAGGGAGAAGUAGGCCCCAUAGGACCUACAGGCCCUAGAGGACCAGUGGGGAUUGGAGCACAAGGUCCAAAGGGGGAGCCAGGUUCAAAAGGUUCCCCAGGUCAAACAGGAGAACCAGGAGAAGAUGGAGCUGCAGGGAAGAAGGGAGAAGCCGGGCUUCCAGGAACAAGAGGCCCAGAAGGACCGCCUGGAAAAGGACAACCUGGCCCCAAGGGUGAUGAAGGAAAGAAAGGAAGCAAAGGAAAUCAAGGACAUAUGGGAUUUCCAGGACCCGCGGGGCCAAAGGGUGAACAGGGCAUUAUGGGCCCUUUUGGAAUGCCUGGACCAUCAAUUCCUGGACCACCUGGGCCAAAGGGAGAUAGAGGAGGUCCUGGGAUGCCUGGAUUUAAAGGAGAACCUGGACUUUUUAUUCGAGGACCAAAGGGUGCCCAAGGCCCUCAGGGACCCAAGGGUGCUCCAGGACUCAAAGGCGACGGCUAUCCUGGUGUGUCUGGACCUAGAGGAUUACCAGGACCCCCCGGACCAAUGGGUUUACGUGGAGUAGGAGACACUGGAGCAAAGGGAGAGCCUGGAGUUAGAGGUCCUCCAGGUCCUGCGGGGCCUCGGGGAAUAGGAACCCAAGGGCCAAAGGGUGAUAUUGGGCAGAAAGGUUUGCCUGGCCCCCCUGGUCCCCCUGGCUAUGGAUCACAAGGAAUUAAAGGAGAACAAGGACCUCAAGGUUUUCCAGGGCCAAAGGGCACCAGGGGCCAAGGCCUCCCAGGUCAGAAGGGUGAGCAUGGAGAACAGGGUGAUGUGGGAAAGAAAGGUGAAAAGGGUGAACUUGGAGACCCAGGAUCUCCAGGAAAACAGGGAUUACAAGGACCAAAAGGAGAUGCAGGACUUACAAGAGAAGAUAUUAUUGAGCUCAUUAUUAAAAUAUGUGGUUGUGGGCGCAAAUGCAAAGAGACUCCCCUGGAGUUGGUGUUUGUGAUUGACAGUUCAGAAAGUGUGGGGCUAAACAACUUCCAGAUCAUCCAAAAUUUUGUGAAGUCUCUGGCUGACCGCAUUUCUGUGGACCUGGCCACAGCCCGCAUAGGCAUAAUCAACUAUAGUCAUAAGGUGGAAAUAGUGGCUGAUUUGAGGCAGUUCUCCAGCAAGGAUGAUUUCAAGUUGGCUGUAGACAACAUGCAGUAUCUGGGGGAAGGUACCUAUACAGCCACUGCCCUGCAGGCUGCCAAUGACAUGUUCAAGAGUGCCAGGCCAGGCAUCAAGAAGGUGGCCUUGGUCAUCACGGAUGGACAGACAGACUCCCGAGAUAAAAAGAAUCUGACAGAAGUGGUGAAAGAAGCCAAAGACACUGGUGUGGAGAUAUUUGUGAUUGGGGUGGUGAAGAAAAGUGACCCCAACUUUGACAUGUUCCUUAAAGAAAUGAAUCUAAUUGCUACUGAUCCACAGCAUGUAUAUCACUUUGAUGACUUCUUGACCCUGCUAGACACCCUGAAGCAAAAGUUGUCUACAAAAAUUUGUGAGGAUUUUCCUUCCUAUUUAGCUAAAGUUUUUGGCUCCUCAUCAUCUCAACCUGAAUUUGGAGUGUUGGGGGAAGAACUUGGUGUAUCUACUCCAGAGCCCCCAGAAGAAAUUUCUGAGUCAUUCAGUGUCCCUGGACCCAAGCAUGAGGAGAAUGAGCCUCCAGAGCCGACAUGGGCUCAUAGAUUGGUUGUUACUUCCUCAUCUGAGGCUGCUGCCACUCUCGGGCCACUGCUCAGCACCCUUGAGAGUAUGAAAACCAGAACUCCAAGUCCUGGACUGAUUUUACACCAGGAUAAUUUGGUGCACAAAGAUCCUAGAUGUUUGGAAGACUUGAAGCCUGGAAACUGUGUUGAUUAUGUGGUUCGAUGGUAUUAUGACAAACAGGUCAACUCGUGUGCCCGCUUUUGGUAUAGUGGCUGCAGUGGCUCAGGAAACAGAUUCAACAGUGAAAAGGAAUGCCAGGAAAUCUGCAUUCAAGGAUGAACUGUGACUCUCAUUCAAGUUCAACAAUGCAGAAAAGAACUUUCAAGGAAGAAGGAAGUGGAAGAAUAGCCAUCUUAGCAAAAAUAAUAUUAUAAUUCUGGGAUGUAAUUAAAAUUGUAUUAUGUAAUAUUUGAUACUACAAAAGAGUCCUUGUAAAUUUAAAAACAUAAUAGGAUGAACACCAGUGAACACACACAUCAGGGAAUGAACCAAACAUUACCCACUCUAUUGAAGUUUUUGAGUGCCAUCUGCCACCACAGCCCCCCAUUCUAUGCUAGGGACAUAUUUUGAACAUAUACAACUGUUGCUACUGGUUUUAUAGGUACUUUUACAUGUAAAACUAUAUGUAUCUCUAAGCCAUGUUUAGUCUUGAAUAUUUUAGAGCUUUGUAAAAGUGGCAGCAGACUUUAGUCUUCGGCAACUUCCAUUCAACUUUAUAAUUAAUCAUAUAUUUUUUCCAUAUAAAAUAUAUUCCUAAAUAACUUAUUAUUUAGUUUUUUGAGCUUUAGAAAAUUGGUGUUAUAAAUGGAUGUGGUGGCCUAUACCUAUAAUCCUAAUGACUUUGGAAGCUAAGACAGGAAGAUUGAAAGUUCAAGAAUGGCCUGGACAACUGAGUGAGACCCUGUCUCAAAAAUCAAUCAAGCAAGCAACAAAUUAAUUAAGUAAUCAAUUAAUUAUAUGGGCUGGGGACAGCUCUGGGAUAGAGCACUUGCCUAGCAUGCUCAAGGUCCUGGAUUUGAUACCUAUCACAAGAAAAAACAAAUAUUAAAAUUGUGUUAUAUAGUUCUCCAUUGUUUGCUAGACUAUUAAUUGUUUAUAUGCAUUUAUUUCACAGUUGUGUAAUGUUUAUGUGAAUAUACCACAAUAUAUUUAUCCAUUACUUUGGAAUGA